AUGGUUCUAGAAGGUCAUGACUUGAGUAAUCGUUCUUUAUAUGAAGACACAUUGAUCUUCUUAACUUCACAAACACCCUUCACAUUGCUUCCAUUAACAAACUCUUCCAAAUCUCUCAUGGAUUCUUCUCUUCCAUCCUUCAAUUCUGCUUCUUCUUCUUCUUCUUGGGUUUCUUUCCCUUCUGUACCUUCGAAGAGGGUUUCCAAUGAAAACAUGCAGGAGUUCUUUUACUUGCAAAACGGAGGAGACUGUGGACUUGCUUUACUGAAGAAUGCUACCGUUUUUCUAUCUACAUUGACUUUCAAUCCGACCUUUCUUUCUGCUAUCUCUGUCUUGCUUGUCACGCAAUCAACCAAAGUUUUCUUGAAGUUCUAUAAGGAGAGGGAAUGGGAUUUCGAACUCUUGCUUGCUUCUCAAGGAAUGCCUUCUACUCGCUCUGCAUUGUGCUCCGCUCUCACCACUUCUGUUGCUCUCACUCAUGGCGUUGCUGGUUCACUCUUUCCCAUUUCUUUGGGACUUAGUGUCAUUGCCAUGUGUGAUGCCGUUUCUGCUAGAAGACAUGUUGGCUGCCAAGCUCUCGCGGUUAAUGGCCUUCUGGAUGAAUUGUUUACAGGACCUCCAGCUAGUGAUGAGAAGAUAGAUGAAGAUGUUGGUGACACCCUACCUCAAGUCUUCACUGGUGCACUCAUUGGUUCUGCAGUUGCCGUUUUAUGCUCUCUAGGUCUCAGGCUGCUACGAGGAGCUUAA